AUGGCUUCCACGGACCGUGAAGCACUGAGUGCCGUGUUUCGUUUGACUGGCGGGGCUGGAUGGAGGCGAAGACGCAACUGGGACACAGAUGCUGCCCUAGAGACGUGGGAAGGAGUCAAAGUCAACAACCAGGGCCGAGUGGUCACGCUUGACCUGCCCGGUAACAACCUCCAAGGAACGAUACCGGUGGAGCUAGGGAAGCUGACUGCGCUGGAGGCGCUUAUUCUGGGCAGAAACAACCUCUCAGGUCCCAUUCCGCCGGCUCUGGGAAAGCUCGCAGCGCUUCAAACUCUGUACCUCGAAGGGAACCAGCUAAGCGGGCGCAUCCCGCCGGAGCUGGGAGCUCUCAGCGAGCUGCAGGUGCUGGCCCUCCACAACAACAAGCUGACAGGGCGCAUCCCGCCGGAGCUGGGAGCUCUCAGCGAGCUGCAGGUGCUGGCCCUCAUCAACAACAAGCUGACAGGCCCCAUCCCGCCGGAGUUGGGGAAGCUUGCAGCACUGGCGACGCUCAACCUUCAAAAUAACCAACUAACUGGGCCUAUCCCGCCGGAGCUGGGCAAGCUAACAGCGCUGGUGCAGCUCCGACUGUGGAACAACCAGCUAUCCGGCCGUAUCCCACCGGAGCUCGGAAACCUUGGAGCACUGACGGCGCUCGACCUAGACGCCAACAAGCUAAGCGGUCCCAUUCCGCCGGCGCUGGGAAAGCUCGCAGCGCUUCAAGAUCUGUCCCUCUACAGAAACCAGCUAAGCGGUCCCAUCCCUGUGGAGCUUGGACGGCUCGCCGUACUGGAGUACCUCAGCCUUGGGGGGAACGAGCUAACUGGACCCAUCCCCAAGGAGCUGGGAGCACUUAGUAGGCUGGAGACGCUUUGGCUCCACCACAACAACCUCACAGGGGCCGUGCCAGCAUGCCUCGUCAAGCUCGGCGAACUUUUCUCUUUGGGCCUCGGCGACAACCAGCUCAGUGGUCCGGUGCCCUCACUUCAGCAGCUCAAAGAUCUUCGCGACGCUCUGGUCUCCCCAGGCUACAGACACAGAGCAGAGGACGCGCGAAUCGGCAUGGCGAAGCUGACUCUCGAUGGGGAGAUGAGGGGGACACCGAUGAAGGCGUUCCAAAGGGGGAAGAUCGACACGGACAAAAUCUUCUCGGAUGAGGAUGUCGAAGGCGGAACGAGCACCACCAUAAGCGGCACGUCUUUUCCUGGCAAAGCAGGAGAGGCUGAAAAAUUCAGCAUGGUCAAGCCACGCAACGCAAGACCCGUAGCAACGAAGACGAGAGACGUUCGGGAUACUACCGUCGACGGAGGCAUGGCAGAAAUCUCAGGCUUCGACGGGUACGUCAUGGCAUGGUCUUUUGGACAACAUCCGGCGGUGCUCCGUAGCAAUGGUUUUGAGUUUGAACUCGAGGUACCCCGCCUGGGAAGAAACGUACCGGCCCUGAUCGGCCUGCGAUCCAGCUCAGCUGAAGUAGUAGACGGAGAAAAAUGUCUGCUGCAUCCCGUAGUGACGUGUCUCGCACGCAGUGGCGAGGUGUUCGACCCCCCUCUCUGUCUGCGGUUUCCCGUGGGAGAUGUAAACUCUAUGGAAUCGGGUUCUGAUUGCGGCAGUGAUGACGCCGAGGUGACGUACCGUGCUUACCUUGAGUCCACUUUUUCGACGUUGACUCGAAAGCACGCUAGUUCAGAGUGGGUUCCUGUGGAUGGGACUAUCGAGCAAACGGACGAGGGCAUUUUCGUUUUGGAGGUGCAAGUGUCUCACUUCUGCGAUUUCGCCCUCAAGCAAGCCAUCAAGGUGGAUUCCGGUGGUGUGGAGCUCGUCAAACUACCACAGCUAAAGCACAAAAGUAGGCGGUCGCACUACCACUUUGUGAAUCUAGGCACGGAGAACCUCGUGGUCCACUGCUGGGGUGUUACUCGGAAGCGGGGUUUCCUUGAGAGUUUCAGGCUGAAGCUAGGAUUUGGACUCAAUGGUGGGGACGCUGAGGUGGAAGCAACGCGAACGCUCGUAGAUGCGCCUGGCACGGGGGUAUAUAAGGUGGACGUACCUGGUGGGCCCGUCGACGACCCUAGGAAUGAGGCUUGCCUGGUGGUCAAUGGCUUCGAAUCGCUGACAGUGGCGUAUACAACGCAGAAAACUGUUCGUGCUGGUACUCUGUUCGGUAGCACUCACGAGCUGGUUCAAGUAUGGGGUACGAGGCACAUGCAGCACAAACACGCAAUGAUAUUCGGCAUCUUGCCGGAAUCGGCUUUGGUGCCUAAUUUGAAAGUAGAAGAUGGUGUCAACGUGGGUGAACUCGUGAGAUCAAAAGUUUGA